GCAGGCCGGCGACAUGAGGCUGGCCCACGCUCUGCUCCCCCUGCUGCUGCAGGCCUGCUGGGCCUCCGCGCAGGACCUCCCGGCCGCCGAGAGGGCCAUUGCCUUCCAAGACUGCCCCGUGGACCUCUUCUUUGUGCUGGACACCUCCGAGAGCGUGGCCUUGCGGCUGAAGCCCUAUGGGGCCCUGGUGGACAAGGUCAAGGCCUUCACCAAGCGCUUCAUCGACAACCUGAAAGACAGGUACUACCGCUGCGACCGCAACCUGGUGUGGAACGCGGGCGCGCUGCACUACAGCGACGAGGUGGAGAUCAUCCAGGGGCUCACGCGCAUGCCCAGCGGCCGCGACGCGCUCAAGGCCAGCGUGGACGCGGUCAAGUACUUCGGCAAGGGCACCUACACGGACUGCGCCAUCAAGAAGGGGCUGGAGGAGCUGCUGGUGGGGGGCUCCCACCUGAAGGAGAACAAGUACCUGAUUGUGGUGACCGACGGGCACCCCCUGGAGGGCUACAAGGAGCCAUGCGGGGGCCUGGAGGAUGCGGUGAACGAGGCCAAGCACCUGGGCAUCAAAGUCUUCUCAGUGGCCAUCACGCCCGACCACCUGGAGCCGCGGCUGAGCAUCAUCGCCACAGACCACACGUACCGGCGCAACUUCACGGCGGCGGACUGGGGGCAGAGCCGCGACGCGGAGGAGGCCAUCAGCCAGACCAUCGACACCAUCACCGACAUGAUUAAAAAUAAUGUGGAACAAGUGUGCUGCUCCUUCGAGUGCCAGCCCGCCAGAGGACCUCCCGGACCACGGGGUGACCCAGGGUACGAGGGAGAACGAGGGAAGCCAGGUCUCCCAGGAGAGAAAGGAGAAGCCGGAGACCCCGGAAGGCCCGGCGACCUGGGGCCCGUUGGCUACCAGGGGAUGAAGGGAGAAAAGGGAAGCCGAGGGGAGAAGGGCUCCAGGGGACCCAAAGGUUACAAGGGCGAGAAGGGCAAGCGUGGCAUCGACGGUGUGGACGGCAUGAAGGGGGAGAUGGGGUACCCUGGCCUGCCAGGCUGCAAGGGCUCGCCUGGAUUCGAUGGUGUCCAAGGCCCCCCAGGGCCCAAGGGUGAUGCGGGCGCAUUCGGACUGAAGGGAGAAAAGGGGGAGCCUGGAGCCGAUGGGGAGCCUGGGAGGCCAGGGAGCACAGGGAGUCCCGGAGACGAGGGAGACCCCGGAGAGCCUGGUCCCCCAGGAGAGAAGGGCGAGGCCGGCGACGAGGGCAACGCAGGACCAGACGGCCCCCCCGGAGAGAGGGGCGGCCCUGGGGAGAGGGGACCGAGGGGCACCCCAGGCGUGCGGGGCCCAAGAGGAGACCCGACCUCAGGGAGCCAGGCCUGGGAGGAGGCCAGCAGGGCAAAGGGCGGGGUCUCUGCCCUCAGCCCCCAGGACCAGCCCCUACGGAAACGACCACCUAACAUCACAGGAGACACGGUGGUUUGCUCCCUGAGGUUUUGUCGGGGACGAGGAGAAACCUGGGACCCCCCGGGGUGCCCAAGGGACGAGAAGGCCCUGUUGGUGUCCUCCGGGAGCCCCCGUUAG